AUGGAGAUCCUGUGGGAUUGGGUCCAGACUAAAGUCUUCAAUGAGGUGACUAUUCCAGGAUCCAGGCUCCACACAUGCCACCUGAGAUUGGUCUGUCUGCAGAUCAGCCAGCACAGGAGAGUGUUCCAGCUCCAAAGUAAGGGCCAGAGAAAUCCAUGGUCACUGGUCUCCCUGUCACUGACCCACCACAGGAUGGAGACCAGCUGUGAUUUGCUGACGAUGGAGAGGUGCUUCACGUUUUGUGGGCACAAUUUAACAAUCACUCAGCGAACAGGCAAAGAUCUCUUAGUUUCUGCUCUGGUCUGGGAUGCUGGUAUAGUUCUUUGCCAUUACUUUGAAGAAGAGAACUUGCAAUUCCAUGGGAAAAGGGUGAUUGAACUAGGAUCGGGCACCGGAAUUGUAGGAAUAUUAGCUGUUCUACUUGGUGGAAAUGUGACCUUGACAGACCGGCCGAGUGUUUUGAAACAAAUGCAACACAAUGUUUCUGUGAACAUUCCCUCAGAAUUGGCAGCCCGUGCCACCAUCAGUCCCUUCAGCUGGGGCAUCGAUGAACGUGACUACCCUUCAGACUAUGACAUUGUCCUAGGUUCGGAUAUUGUGUAUAACCGAAGUACCUUCCCCACAUUAUUAAAUACACUGAAAUAUCUCAGCAAUGCAGAGACCGUCACCUACCUGUCUUCAGAAAUGCGGAAAGAUCUGCGAGCUGCUCAGUUUUACCUGGAGGUUCUGCCUCAGCAUUUUAACUGCAACCUUGUUUACAGAAACAAGGAGAAGAAUAUCAACGUGUACAGAGUGACCAGAAAACCGCCAGCCCAUAUGGGGGGCACUUGUACAGACAAAUCUGAUUUAUGA